AUGGCAGCUCACGAUGAUCCUCCUCCGGGCUACAGAUUUAGACCUGACACAGAACAACUUCUUGUUCAUUAUCUUCGUCCCAAACUCGACGGAGAAGGCUUUCCCCAAGGGCUUGUUCCUUUCUGCGAUCUUUAUGGAGAUCAAGAACCAUGGCAGAUAUGGGAAGCUUUCAAAGAAACAUCAGAGAAAGACCGAAAAAGAAAAGACCUUUAUUUUCUUACCCAACACAAGAAGAAGACUCCAAAUGGAAAGCGCAAAAGCCGAACAGUCGGCACGGGUACCUGGAAAGGCGAAGACGCCGCCAAGAAAGUACUUGCGGCUUCUCAAAGAGUUAUUGGCAAGAGAAAAAGAUUUCGUUACGAUAACAAGGUCUCGGCGCAAAACGGUCGCUGGCUCAUGCACGAGUUUGAACUUGAUGCAUCUUUAUUGCGAAACAAACGUAAAGCAAAGGAGUAUGUUCUUUGUAUUCUUAGAAAGAACGAUAAAUCGGAGAAAGAUCGGAAACAAGAAGGACAAGAGUAUCAAGAAGAACAAGUGAUGAGUUGCGACUAUGGUAAUCAAAAGGGUGGAAACCUUCAUGAACCUGAGUUCGUUGAAGAAGAGACCAGUACUACUCAACAACGUACCAGAUGA